GUCGUUUACCUUUGCAAAGCUCCAACUAAAUUUUAGCCAAACAAAUUAGAAAUACAUAUCUUUUUGAAUUGUCUUGACUUCAUAUUUUCCAAAAAUGAUCACAUCAUCUUCGUCCUCUCGUCUGUACUGAACUUUCAUACUACAAUCCUUGAAUCAAGAAUAUAUAAUUCUUCCCUUUCUAUCAUUUUCGAACAUCUUUUUUACUCAAAAGAACCACCCAAAAAUUUCAUAACUUUUAAUCAAUUUAUAACCCAAUUCUCCCAAACAAUUUUCCCCAAAUUCCCACAAUUUCCUCCCUCAAAUUUUGAUAAAAUGAGUUUAUUAUUAACUACAACAGCAUCGUCAACAUGGUCUUAUCAACUUCAAUUCAAUUUCAAGUUUAAAAAAUCUCUGACUCCAUUGAUGUUUGUAAAAGCUCGAGUUUUGAGCUAUGGUGGUCGUCGAAGACAUCAUAUGAAGAUUCAUUGUGUUGCUCAAGAUCAAGCUAAAGAUGAUAGUAGUGAGUCAAAAAGUCGUCUUUCUGAAGAUUCUUGGAUUGAUUUGAAUACUCCCAAAGCUGAUUCUGCUUCCUCUGAUUGGUUUGGAAAUAGUGAGCAGUAUAACGAUUCUGGGCAGAAAUAUGGUGUUGCAGGAAUUCUCAAAGCAGGGCUUGCUGGGGUUUUACUUUUUGCCGGAAUCUCCUAUGCUGCGUUAGCAAUAGGCAAGAGUAGCAGCUCAAGGUCUACGCCAGAGAUGAAGCCUCUUACAGAAGAGCAAGAAGUAUUAGCUUCUAAAGAGGUUUACGGGGAGGCUGAGGAAAAUACUGAUGGAAAGUCCAUUGUUCAGGAUGAAAGUAACCUGCAAAAUGGGCAUGAUUUAGAGAGCAAGGAAGGGACGGAUAAUGAUAUUUCUUCAUCAUUGGGUUCAACUCAAUAUGUUGGCCAAAGGGAUUUCCUUGAUGACACCAAUAUAGAGUCUUUAUCUGUUCGUGAAAACUCGACGUCAGACAUAAACAGUCCAGAUACCAUCUCAGCCUCACCUGAACUAUCACAAAUAGAAGAUAUCGAUGACUCCUAUGUGACUUCUAGCACUAUAGAUUCACAACGCACGAUCGUGGUGAGUAAAGCAGACGAUGUGGAUGUUGAGCUAAGCAAAAACGAGCAGCAAGAAACCCACACAAGAAAUGAAACAGAUGAUUCCGUUUCUACACUUCAAUCAUCUUCUAGUGUUGCUUUUCUUUCAGAUUUUCAAGAUCUAGAUAGUUCAGAUGUGGCUGUUGCAACUCCAGAAACCAACAGUGUUCCCACAGAUGAUGUAUUAGUAGUUCCAUCAGUAGCAAGCGACGAAGACAAUGAAUUCGACAAACCGCUUCAGUUUCAUGGUGAAAGUAAUAGCACAUCCAUAGGUAUUAAUAGUUCAAAGGAAACUGUAGCUUCCGAGACAACAUCUUUUGCCUCUCGUGGAAUUCCCGCACCUUCGUUGCUCCCUGCAGCACUUCAGGUGACUCCUGGAAGGGUUUUGGUUCCUGCAGCUACUGAUCAAACUCAGUCACAAGCUUUGGCAGCAUUGCAAGUAUUGAAGGUAAUUGAGGGUGAUGCUCAACCUGGUGAUCUCUGCACUCGUCGUGAGUAUGCCCGUUGGUUGGUGUCUGCAAGUAGUGCUCUUUCACGAAACUUGAUCUCAAAGGUUUACCCAGCUAUGUACAUAGAAAAUAUUACUGAACUUGCAUUUGAUGACAUCACACCAGAAGAUCCCGACUUCACGGCCAUCCAAGGUUUGGCUGAAGCUGGACUUAUAUCUAGCAAGCUUUCAACGCGUGAUAUGCUUUCUUCUGAUGUAGAUAUUGGUUCCUUCCACUUCCAUCCUGAUAGCCCUCUAUCUCGUCAGGAUCUUGUGACCUGGAAGAUGGCCUUGGAAAAGAAGGAGCUACCAGAAGCUGACCAAAAGGUCCUGCAAAAACAAUCUGGUUUCAUAGACAUCGACAGAAUCGAUCCUGAUGCAUGUCCUGCACUUGUGGCUGACUUAUCUGCAGGCGAGCAAGGGAUUGUGGCUCUUGCAUUUGGCUACACAAGGCUUUUCCAGCCGGAUAAACCAGUCACAAAAGGCCAGGCUGCAAUUGCUCUUACUACUGGAGACGCAGCCGAUGUAGUCAGCGAAGAGCUUGCUCGUAUUGAGGCAGAAUCUGUUGCUGACAAAGCAGUUUCUGCGCAUAAUGCGUUGAUCGAAGAAGUUGAGAAGGAUAUAAAUGCGAGUUUUGAAAAGGAGCUGCUGUUGGAAAGAGAAAAAAUAGAUGCCGUGCAGAAAAUGGCUGAUGAAGCGAUCCGAGAAGUGGAAAGUCUUAGAGCAGAGAGAGAAGAGCAAAAUGUUGUGUUAAUCAAGGAACGGGCUAUUGUCGAGUCAGAGAUGGAAGUUCUCUCAAGAUUGAGACGUGAGCUAGAGGAGCAGUUGCAAAAUGUCAUGAGUAAUAAGGUUGAGUUAUCGUAUGAAAAGGAACGGAUUGAAAAACUUAAGAAAGAGACGGAAGAAGAAAAUCAAGCAAUUACCCGGUUGCAGUAUGAGUUGGAGGUUGAACGAAAGGCCCUUUCUAUGGCCCGGGCGUGGGCAGAGGAUGAAGCGAAAAGAGUGCAAGAGUAUGCAAAAGCUCUGGAGGAGGCUAGAGACCGCUGGGAGAGAAAAGGCCUCACAGUGGUAGUUGAUGAUGGCCUCCAAGAAGAAGCAUCAGCUGAUACGACAUGGACCACUUUUGGGAAAACGUUAUCAAUAGAAGAAACAGCCAAGAGAGCUGAAACUUUGAUGGAUAAGCUAAAGGUUAUGGCGAGUGAAGUUAAUGGGAAAUCAAAAGAAAUAAUUAACAAUAUUAUCGAAAAGAUUCGGUCACUAGUUUUAGCCAUCAAAGAAUGGAUUUCCGAGGCAGGCAAACAAAUGACAGAGUUCGGCGAUGCUGCUGCUGUAAAAGUUGGUGGAUCAGUCCGAGAAUUGCGACAAAGUUCGGCUGAUUUUGGUGCUACGUUGAAGGAAGGAACCAAGCGUGUUGUUGGGGAUUAUAGAGUAGGUGUCGAGAAACUAACUCAGAGGUUCAAAACAUGAUGUUUCCCCACCUUGUAGGCUAAGUUAACAUACUAUUUUUAGUAAGCAGACCGAGUGUUAUGUAAUAUCAUUGUUUCGACGUAGAUUCCUGUUUUCAAUAAUCUGGCGAAUGAGGGAAAAUACUAACGCAGAAUUCAAAAUUUUACCUACUUGUAAGAAAAUGGGUCAAAAUGGUCUAGAUGAAUUCGGUUGGAUUUUUGAGUUACGACACGGGUCAAAUUUUGGCUCAUUAAGAUGCCACAG